ACUGCACCGGCCACCGCGCGCGCACACACACGAGCUCAGCUCCGCGUCUAACAACAUUCCGGUCUUUAGCGGGCGCUCAGAGGCCUUGUACUGACGCGUCGCACGUAACGCUCGGUGUCUUUAGGUUUGUAACGACUAAGCGCUUGUUUAACCAUGAACGGCCAGAUGAACGGCUUCCACAACGCCAUCAUUGACGAGGACUGCUUUCUGUUCACGUCCGAGUCUGUCGGUGAAGGACACCCCGAUAAGAUAUGUGACCAGAUCAGUGAUGCCGUGUUGGACGCCCACCUGAAACAGGACCCAGACGCUAAGGUUGCAUGUGAGACCGUCGCCAAGACUGGAAUGAUCUUGUUGGCUGGUGAGGUGACGUCUCGUGCUUGUGUGGAUUACCAGAAGGUUGUCAGGGACACCAUCAGACACAUCGGCUAUGACGACUCCUCCAAAGGGUUCGACUACAAGACCUGUAAUGUGUUGGUGGCGCUGGAGCAGCAGUCCCCUGACAUUGCCCAGGGUGUUCAUCUGGACCGCAACGAGGAAGACAUCGGUGCUGGCGACCAGGGUCUGAUGUUUGGGUAUGCCACCGAUGAGACUGAGGAGUGCAUGCCCCUCACUAUAGUCCUGGCCCACAAACUGAAUGCCAAAAUGGCCGAACUCCGCCGUAACGGAAUGCUACCCUGGCUAAGGCCCGACUCCAAGACCCAGGUGACGGUGCAGUACCGGCAGGACCGCGGGGCCAUGCUGCCUGUGCGCGUGCACACGGUGGUGGUGUCCGUGCAGCACGACGAGGUGGUGUGCCUGGACGAGAUGCGGGACGCGCUGAGGGAGAAGGUGGUGAAGUCAGUGGUGCCCGGCGUCUACCUGGACGACGACACCAUCUACCACCUGCAGCCGAGCGGGCGCUUCGUCAUCGGAGGCCCGCAGGGGGACGCCGGCCUGACUGGGCGCAAGAUCAUCGUGGACACGUACGGAGGCUGGGGGGCCCAUGGCGGGGGGGCCUUCUCUGGGAAGGACUACACCAAGGUGGACCGCUCGGCCGCGUACGCCGCCCGCUGGGUAGCCAAGUCCCUGGUGAAGGCAGGCCUGUGCAAACGUGUGCUGGUGCAGGUGUCCUACGCCAUCGGGGUGGCUCAUCCGCUCUCCAUCUCCAUCUUCCACUACGGGACGUCUCAGAAGAGCGAGAAGGAACUGCUCGAAAUUGUGAAGAAGAACUUUGACCUCCGGCCCGGGGUCAUCGUCAGAGAGCUGGACCUGAAGAAGCCAAUCUACCAGCGCACCGCCGCCUACGGCCACUUUGGCCGCGAGUCCUUCCCUUGGGAGCUCCCCAAAAAGCUUAAAUACUGAAACUGUAACGCCCCCCACUCUGGGUCAGCUGGUGUACACUACAGAGAAACCUAGCUGCCCUUGGGUGGGGGGUGAAAAUACCAAACCCCUCAUGCUCCAGGCACCAUGACCUCUGCUACUCCCUCCCCUCUUCACACCCUGAUCCCAAACAUACACACACCUCUCUCUCGCUUGCUCGCUCUCUCGCGCCAAAACGCACACCUCUUAUCAAGACCUUUUUACCUUGUUCCUUUUUAAUCAGUUUCUCUCUCUCUCUCUCUCUCUCUCUCUCUCUCUCUCUCUCUCUCUCUCUCUCUCUCUCUCUCUGUGUCUGUGUCUGUGUCUGUGUGUGUGUCUGUGUGUGUUCUCUUCCCCACCUCAAACCCUUUUCUGUUUUCGCUCCUCUUCCUCCCACUAAAAGAUUUAGUAAUGGCACAAAUUGAAGUCAUCGAGUUUUGAGAUUGCUAUGCAUUGAAAGAAGCACUAGCCCCUCAAUUUUCUUUCGCAAUCCCCCCCCCUAAUUUCCUGAAGGUACCAAUGUUUGCCAUUUUAGAGAGCAUUUCCAUUAUUGGUGGGAUCAAAACCCUUCAUCGCCUUCGGUUGGAAAUGGCGCAAAAUGUUGUUAUAAAUGAUGGACUCACAAUCACUUUGGAUUGGGGAAUAUAUAUUUUAUUAGGCAAAGGUUUUUAUUUUCACAUGCCUGUCCUUGGUUAGUGUGUCAGAGCUCUUGCAGGCCACACGUUCUGGCGUGUUACAGAGAAGUCAGACGCUGCUACAAUCCAUGUGGCUCUGAGGGGCCCUGACGCUGAUCCAGCUACUCCGCCUGUAAUGCCCCUCCUCCCUCGCUUAAUUCUCAGUGGUGAAUUCUGGAUCGAACCUUGGUGGUAGCGCUGCUGGGUGACGUUUUAGACCACGGUGAAGGCCCCGCACUCUCCCCCUGUGUGUGGAUGACGGUGGGCGUAGCUACAGAGAAGCCCACCUCCCUCACCACCACAGAGGGGCAGCCUUCACCUCUUGAACUGCUCCAUACUUGAAAACAGCAAAAAUUUCAAAACUUGUACUGCUUGGAGUCCCUCUCUGAGAUCUGGUGUCCAUACAGAAAAGCCAGGAGUCCUCGGAAGGGCUACUCAUUAAAGGAUCCUUUUGUACUGAGGUUUAGGUUGUUUUUUUUUUGUUUGUUUUUUUGUUUUUUUUUUAAAGCAAAUACUUUAAUUUUGUUUGCCUAUACACCAGUACUGGUGUUUUGUCCCAUGCGCUGCCUUCUGGCAUCCCCAGUGUGUCCUACAGAAAAGCUCUGGGGUCCUGCCACUAGGUGGUGCUGGAAGCUGUGACCAUUGUUACCUGUUUUAUAAUUAUUAUUAAUAUUUUUUUACCACGGUGAUGGCCGACUUGGUGAGGCGAACCUUACUCAAUCGUGCACUUUUUUGUUUGUUUUGGACGACUUGUACUGGCAUGUGGCAGAAGCGAGUUUGUGCCGGCGUUGUACAGAGAAACCGGCCUCGUUUACAUGCUCUGCUUGGUGUCGGCUACAGCUCGUCCUUCUUUUAUUUAUUUUUUGUAGCUCUUUUUCGGUUUUCUUUCAUGCAAACCUUUUUGUUUUCUGUAAAUGCCAGACAGUGGUGCUCCAGACUGGUAACUGAGAGAGCAAAAGUGCCUUUUUAGAUUUGUUUCUCUUUCCCUGCCCUGCUGCCUCUGACCCGUGCACUCUUUCCUCGGUGUCUACCGGGCUUCCUGCUGUACUGUACUCACCUCUCGCACCCCUCCUCACACCCCUCCUCUGCUCUUCCACGUUGGUCCUGUCCAUGUGAGCGACUUGAAUAAAAACUUCUGCCCUCUUGCCCCAA